AUGUACAGCUUCAUGGGAGGGGGCCUUUUUUGUGCCAUUGUGGGGAACAUCCUGUUGGUGGUCUCCACAGCCACAGACUACUGGAUGCAGUACCGUCUGUCUGGCAGCUUCGCCCAUCAGGGCUUGUGGAGAUACUGCAUGUCUGGAAAGUGCUACAUGCAAACUGACAGCAUUGCAUACUGGAAUGCCACUCGUGCUUUUAUGAUCCUGUCGGCCAUGUCAUGCUUUGCUGGCAUCAUCGCAGGAAUCCUCUCCUUUGCCCACUUUUCUGCCUUUGAGCGGUUCAACCGAUCAUUUGCCGCUGGAAUCAUGUUCUUUGUUUCAACUCUCUUUGUUCUGCUUGCAAUGGCCAUUUACACUGGGGUGACUGUGAACUUCCUGGGCAAGCGCUUUGGUGACUGGCGCUUCUCUUGGUCCUACAUACUAGGCUGGGUGGCCCUGCUAAUGACCUUCUUUGCAGGUAUAUUCUACAUGUGUGCCUACAGAAUGCAUGAGUGCAGAAGAGUGGCUGGCCCACGUUAA